UUACAUUAAAAAAACUUAACCGAGCGGCAUAGAAUAGCACAGUUCGGCUCGGUUUUUCGAAUUUUCCGUUUAAUUGCUCACCCCACAGCUGCUUGCACGGUUGAACCGAAGAAAACAUACAUAUUGAAGUUGGAAAAGCCUUAUCUGUAGAAAAUCUUGAGAUAGAACAAAGUAGAACCUGAACAACAAAACCUGAGGAUGACGAGCCUCUCAAUCUCGAGCUUCAGUCUACCUUCCAAAUUGAACCUCACUAGGUCAUCAACCUCAUCGCCAUUCAAUGGCGUUCGAAUUUCGCAUUUGUGCCCCACGCGCCGGCCCGGCGUGUCGUCCAGCCGUGCCUCGUCCGUGGCGAUGAUGGCUAAAAGAGAUGAGGAGCUGAAGGAGAUUAGGGGUAAGUCGACGGAGGAGCUGAACGAAGAGAUUGUGGACCUCAAAGGCGAGCUUUUCAUGCUCCGCCUCCAGCGCUCGGCCAGGAAUGAGUUCAAGUCUAGCGAGUUUCGCCGUAUGAGCAAAAGGAGAGAAAGGGAGCUAGAGGAGGGCAUCAACAAGAGGCUGUCAAGAAAGCUCGACUUGAAAUGGAAGAAAAGUAUUGUUCCAAGGCCGCCACCAUCUCUCAAGAAAUUACAAGAAGAGGAGGCGGCUGCCGAGGCUAAAGAGGCGGCUUGA